AUGAAAAACCAUAAUGCACGAUUAGUUGGGUCUGCCCCAGUGCCUGAAGCACAUCAUAUGGCCCAGGGAAGCAAUUCUAGAAGGGGUCGAGGAAAGGGUCGUGGUAGAGGUCAUGGUCGAAACAACCGAGGUGGUAGAGGCAAAGGCGGCAAUGACUCCCGGGUCCAAGAUAAGAAACGGAGUGAUCAAGGAUCAUCGAGGUCACAAAUCUGCUAUCGGUGUGGGUGUGAGGGGCACUGGUCUCGUAUGUGCCGCACACCAAAGCAUCUGGUUGAAGCAUACAAAAUGAUGCAAAGGAAAAAUGAUAAGCAGCCGUCAGGAAGAGAAUCUCAUCAUGCUAAUACUAAUUUGCCUGAAGCAAAUGCAAUAAUGAAUGAUGAUGACGAUGACCUUCUAAAAUAUGAGCUUGAAGACUUUGGUGUUCAGGAGUGA